AUGUGAUGCAGGAAGAGAGCACAAAUGAUAUGGAAUGUGAGCAGCUGCCAGCAGAGACACUGCGACAAGUGACCAUUCACCGAGACCCUAUAUAUGGCUUUGGCUUCGUGGCCGGCAGUGAGAGGCCUGUGGUGGUGCGAUCUGUGAGGUCAGGAGGCCCCUCUGAGGACAAGCUCCUGGCUGGUGACCAGAUUGUGGCUAUUAAUGAGGAGGACGUGAGUGAAGCCCCCAGGGAGAGGUUCAUAGAACUCAUCAGGACCGCUAAGGAAUUCAUCGUUCUUACAGUUCUGCACACUCAUCAGUCCCCGAAAUCUGCCUUCAUCAGUGCUGCAAAGAAGGCCAAGCUAAGAUCCAAUCCUGUGAAGGUUCGAUUUUCCGAGCAGGUGGCAGUUGGAGAAACAGAUGCAAAAAUGAUGAAGAAAGAAGCUCUUCUACUCAUCCCCAACGUCCUGAAGGUUUUCUUAGAAAAUGGGCAGAUCAAGUCAUUCACAUUUGAUGGCCGGACCACAGUUAAGGAUGUGAUGAUGACAUUACAGGACCGUCUUUCCCUGAGGUACAUUGAGCACUUUGCUCUUGUCCUUGAGUAUGUUGGGCCAGAACAGAACCACAAGUUCCUGCUUCUCCAGGACAAGCAGCCCCUGGCUUAUGUGGUGCAGAGGACACACUAUCAAGGAAUGAAAUGCCUCUUCCGAAUAAGCUUCUUUCCCAAAGACCCCGUGGAGCUGCUGCGUCGAGAUCCUGCUGCUUUCGAGUACCUGUACAUCCAGAGUCGGAAUGAUGUUAUCCGGGAACGCUUUGGAAUGGACCCCAAGCCGGAGAUGCUUUUAGGCCUUGCUGCCCUCCAUAUCUAUAUCACUGUUUCAGCCACUCGACCUAGUCAGAAGAUUUCACUCAAGAAUGUGGAGAAGGAAUGGGGCCUGGAACCCUUUCUCCCCCCCUCCCUCCUGCAGGGCAUCAAAGAAAAGAACUUCCGGAAAUCUCUCUCUCAGCAACUGAAGGCCCACCAAACACAUCCUUCCAGUGGCACCAAGGGCUCUGCAAUUCAGGCAAAGCUCCAGUAUCUUCGAAUUCUGAAUGAACUUCCGACCUUCACUGGUGUUUUGUUCAACACUGUGGGCCUGGGUGAGAAGCAGUCAGCCACUACUCUCCUGGUAGGACCCCGUCACGGCAUCAGCCAUGUUAUUGACCUCAAAACCAACCUCACCACUGUGCUGUCCGAGUUCAGCAAGAUCAGCAAGAUCCAGCUAUUUCGGGAGAACCAGGGCGUGGCCCGGGUGGAGACCAGCAUCAUGGAUGCCAAGCCUCUGGUGCUGUUGAUGGAGUGGCUCGAAGCCACCAACUUUGCCUGCCUGAUUGCGGGGUACUGCCGCCUCCUGCUGGAUUCCAGGAAGAUGGUCUUCUCCAGGCCUGCUAGCCAGCCUCUUCCACCUCCAAUGAUCAAGGCAGAUUACAUGCACAGCGCCCACCGCCCUGUCACUGGGGGCCACCUGGGGAAAAAGGAGAGUAGUUAUGUGGGCGGCAUGGGCACCAGCCCCAGGAAAUCGAGCCACUGCACGCCCCCGCCUGCCAACUCUGAGCUUGUCAGCUUUUGCUACCUCCAUAUGCGUGAACAAAGGAAGGAGCAAGAAAGCCGGCCAGAUGUCAAUGAGAACUUAAUCUUCUUUGAGGAGACCAGGCCCCGGACCAAGUCUGACCCCACAUCCAAAAGCUCUGGCCAAGGUUACAAUAUGGUCCCUGAUGACUUUGAUGCAGCCAGCCUAGAUCAUGAGCCUUGUGCCAGCAGGUCCCGGUCCUAUACCCUGGACAAUUCCCUUGGGGCUGAAGCCCUGAAUUUCUACUGUGACUCUUGCAAAGCCAAACUCCAGGAGCAGCUGGUUCCUCGCAAAGGUGGGAGGCCCGGCUCCUCUCGUGACAAUAUAGUAGACUUGAUGUCCCUCCCACCCCCUGGGAGUGAGGAGGAGGAGGAAGAGGAAGAUGAGAGCACUUCUCUGUUGCCUGCCAUUGCUGCCCCACCUCCUGGUUUUCGAGACAACAGUUCUGAUGAGGAUGACCCCAAGCGCCGGGCUGUCCAGAGCCAGGAGCAAGGACGCCACCUGCGUGGGCUCCUGUAUGAUGAGAUACCAGUGACAUUGAUUGACAGUGUGCAGACCCGGACAGUUCGAGAUCAUGCCCAGGAGCUAGAUGAUGCCCUGGUGUCCACUCUGCAGGCUCUGGAAGCCCUGGCAGCCUCAGAGGAUGGACCACAUCCCCCACCCCCACAGACUGCAGGUCUGAUUGUGCUGGCCACAAUCACCCCUGAAUCAUCGCUGGACUCGGGCCAUGAAACCAACUCUUCGGAGCUCACAGACAUGUCAGAGAUGAUGUCUGCCAUGAAGCAGCACCAAAAUACCACCUACUUCCUGGCCCAGCACCUCAAAAAGGACAGUCUCCUGGCCCGCAAGGACCUGCCCUUCCGCAUCCAGAGCUGCGCAGCCCAGGCCGUUCUCACAGCCCCUUACUCUCUUGGGCGCUCAGAUCCCAAUCCAUCCCUCCAGCCAGCUAUCCCAGGCCAGAGUCCUGGCCCCCCUGGCACUCGGAGAAAGCUGCCCCAGUCAGAGGCUCAGCCACAGCGAGAGCGAACGUAUGCUCUAGCAGUGCACCCAGCACUGUCCCCACAGCUUAAUGAGCAGAAGAAUUUGAGCCUGUUAUCCCCAGUUCCUGAGGACAAAGGGCCUGGCCACACUAGGGCAGGCCUAGAGAUGUCACUGAGGGCGGCCACAGCAUCCCUCAGUGAAGAGCAGGUCUCUGAGCUAAGGGAGAACCUACCAAAGGAAGUCAGGUUGAGCCCCAAGCUUAUCCUAGACCCAAAGGGCAGUGUGACUCCAGCUAUCAUCUCGGCCACCCUACCGCAGGUGGUUCACACUAAGAUUCUACCCGCCCCUGGCGGAGCCUUGGGGAACACCCUCAGCAGUGGGGAGAGAAGGCUGGAGGCCAGCAUGGGAAGGCCAGAAGUCAGCAUGAUAAGCAGCAGUGCCAAUAAGAAUCUUAAGUUCAAAAUGAGCCCCAGUGCUCCAGAGGCCUCACGGAAUUCUCAGCAGCAGCUGAGCCCAGAAGUCUCUUCCAGCUCCAGAGCAUGCAGCCGGGCUGAUAGCCUACAUCUCUCCCCACAAGGAGACAGGCUGCCUAUUCAAAGUUUCCCUCCCAAAAGCUAUCUUUUGCGAGCAAGUCGAGAGUCUGUGAGCAAGCAAGCUACAGGGGAUGUGGCAGGCAGGGGUGGGUCAGAGGGUAGUAGUCCUACUAUAAGUACGUAGAGCAUACCCAAAAGCAGCAAGCUUGAGGAAACCAGCCUGGUCCCACGAGCCAGCUACCCCAUGGCUCUGCAGAGCCCCAGCAGCCAGUCCCAAGGCCAGAGCCCACUGAGACCCCAGGCUGUCAACCGUCAGGUGAGCACCAUGCCCUCUAGGAAACUUGAAACAACCCUGGAUGGAGCCCACGGGACCUCCGAAGGCCCUACAAAGCCCAAAUCAUCCCGAGGUACUUUCCGGCUACGCAAUUUAUUCUCUGCCACCUUCCCAACUCGCCAGAAAAAGGAGACCGAUGAGCGGCAGGCCCAGCUGCAGAAGGUAAAGCAGUAUGAGCUGGAGUUCCUUGAGGAACUUCUAAAGCCACCAAGCCAGGGCGAGCUGCCAGGCACUGAGUAUUUGCAACCCCCAGCACCAGGCCGCUGCAGCUGCCAGCUACGCAGCAGCCCUGUGCAACAAGGGCCUGGCAUGUCCCGUGAGCAGAGGCGCAGCUGCGAUUGCAAGCGCAUCUGCCGAGGGGGCCGGCCACAGGCUCCCCAGACACCAGUGCCUGGCCUCCGGGGGAGGGAGAAGGACAAGAUCCCCCCUACUCAGAGGCAGCCAGAGGCUGGCCCAGACCUGAGCCUCAGCAGUCCCACCAAUGUCCGGCGCAUCCGCUCCACCAGCCUGGAAUCCCGAGAGUGCCGAUCAGACCCUGAGAGUGGUGUUUCGUGCCUGACCACGUGUGCCUCAGGGGGUGAGUGUCUGGGAGCUCCCAACUACAGGAAACUGAUACGCCGCUACAGUAUCAGUGAGCUGGAUCAGGGUGAUAGGGCCUCGCUAACCUCAGAUGUAUACCCACACCCACCCCUGAGUAUGCUGCCCAGAGAGGCCAAGGAAGUAGAGGCAGGCCUCCCCCUAGUCUUGGGUCCCAAAAGCAAGCCUCUGGAGUCACCAAUCCUGGGAGACCCCUCAUAUGUCCAGGUUGCCCCUGAGACCAAAGGCCCCAGACAGAUGGCCGUGUUCUCACUGCCAGAAGAGGUGUACCAGAAGCCCGCUGAGCUGGACGAGGAUAGUGAGAGCAGCAAGUGCUGCUCCAUCCGCUACUGCUUCUACUACCGCAAGUGCGACAUGGCAGAUGACGUCAGCGAUGGUAAGGACGAGCUGUCCUACUCCAUCCCUAUGAAGAUUCUGCCCGGCAUGAAGUUGGAUCAGCAGGUGGUACCCGUAGUGAGCAGGACCCUGCAAGUGCUAGAUGCGGCCACCUGCAGCAGCAGCAGCAGCCCUGAGGCCUCCCGCACCCAGGAGAUUGACCUGCGAGUAUCCACCUUUGAGGGAAGCCUGGCCAAGAUCAAUGCCCUGCGGGCCCAUGCCUAUGGCCUGCCUGAUGGCUUCCUGGCUGCCCGGCUAGACACCAAUGAGCUGCUGACUGUCUUGCGGCAGUGUGUAGCCAGCCCCGAAGCCCGUGCCCCCAAGCCCUACGUCUCUCAGAUCUCUGAGUACAAGCUCGAGCUGGCUCUCAAGUUCAAGGAGCUUCGGGCUUCCUGCCGCCGUGUGGCCAAUGUGGACAAGAGCCCAACUCACAUGCUGGCAGCCAUUACGGGAAGCUUCCAGGUGCUGAGCAGCCUCAUUGAGACUUUCGUGCGGCUGGUGUUCAUUGUGCGCUCAGAGGCCCAGCGCCAAGAGCUGCUGGCCAAGGUAGAAGAGGUGGUAAGGAACUACACCUUCCUGCUGCGUGCCGCUGAGGAAUCCACCACCCGGAACCUUCAGCAGCAGCAACAGCAGCAGCAGCAGCAGCAGCAGCAGCAGCAGCAGCAGCAGCAACAGCAGCAGCAGCAGCAGCAGCAGGCAGCAGCAGCUAUAGGGGUGGCCCCAGAACACCCACCAGGCUCCCCCACUUCAGUGACUGUUAUGAGCACAUUCACCCACUCCUUAAAAACUCUUAUUAAGUAGGGCAUUAGCCCAGGCCUCCCUCAUCCCCAUUCUCAGCCCUAGGUUUGAGCUUUGUGGUCCUUGUAUCCUGUGGUAAGUGUAUGUGUCUACUGGGCCAGUCAGGGUCCAAGAGCCUUCAAUCUCCAGGGAGCAAAAACUUCCCUGCAUUAAGGCUGUCCCUGAGUGCUCCAGGCCACUGGCACCCUGGGUGUCCUCCCCACUUCCCUGGCCUCUAGGCGUCACUGUGAGGGCCAAGGCCCCUGGUCACUAUGCCCACCACAGAGCUGUAUUUUUUCUCUCUUCUCUAGGGCUGCGAGGUGGCAUUAGGCUCACUUCCUGCUCUGUUUUGAGGACAGGGAAGCCAGGGCCUGAAGCAGGCAGGCCCAAGGGCCUUGAGUUCCUCCUGGCAUCUGCUCCCCUCCAGGGAGCAGUGGCAGUAUCAGCAGGCCACAGCGCUAAGUGGAGGGGAGAGGGCAUAUCAGCCCAGAUGUGCCCAUCCACCCUGAGCUCACACUCACGUGGCAGAGGCCACCCCAGAGGGCCUGUGCCCGGGUGGUAGUCCUACAGUAAACAGCCACAUGGGACUGUUUGCAGCCAGCCCAACAGGGGCAGCCUCUGGAGCCCUUGCCCCCUGGCCUAGUAGCUCCACACCAGCCAUCCCCAAAGUGCCCUGUUCCUCAUUGAUGGGCAGGGCAGCUCAGUCCACUAGGGAGCAAGCAUCUUGGAUCACCCCACUCGUUCUGGAUAAGGUACCUGGUUAAAAUAUCUGCUCUGGGGAAACCCGGAGCAGGCCUCAGAGCCCACCUGGCCCAACCCAGCAUAGUGCAGGGCCUGCGGCUACACGCGUGCGGCUCCUCUCUCAACAUCUCUCGACCAGACAGACUGUCCUUAGGAGUUCG